AUGAAGCUGGCCACCUCUCUCGCUCCGUGGCUGGCGCUGGCUGUGAGCUUAAGCUCGAGCACCAUUGCGGCACCGGCAAACAGCCACCUGGAGAGUCCAGAGGAUGCCGGCUUUCACAUCAGCGCCGAACGUCUGACCCACUCGACCCCUCGUCGCAUGGAUGGAUUCCAGCGAAUGCUCGAGCGCAGGUACCAAAAUCAGCAGCAGAGAGCUGUCGCACAAGCCGCGCAGCAAUCCGCAGACACUGCAAGCGACGAUGUGCUGGGCCGUGUUUGGUCUGCUGUCAGCAACGGUCUGUCUUCGCAGCAGGGCAUCGCCUCGACUCUGGCAAGCUACGUCGAGUACAUUGCUGUCGACGCUUCGGCAAAGAAGAGCACGCACGACAUCAAGGAUCCAGCGUACCUCAGACAGCCCCUGGACCAUUUCGACAACACCACGCAGGCUCAAUUCGAUCAACGCUUCUUCUACUCGACACGUCAUUACAAGCCUGCCUCGGAGCGCAAGAACGGCGAAGCUGUGCCCAUCUACAUCUUGGACAGCGGAGAGGCCGACGCAACAGCCCGCAUUCCUUUCCUCGAUACCGGCAUCCUCGACAUCCUCUCCAAGGCGACCGGAGGUAUCGGCAUCGUUCUCGAACACCGAUACUACGGAACAUCGCUGCCGAACCGCACCGACCUUGGUCCCGGUGAUGCAUGGGCCGUGGAUCAGCUCCGAUGGCUGACCAACAAGCAAGCGCUCGAAGACUCGGCGGAGUUCAUCCGGCGUCUCAACAUCCCUGGCACGGACAAUUCUGAGAAGCGCAAGAUCAUCUACUAUGGCGGCAGCUACCCUGGUGCACGCUCUGCUCACAUGCGGUUGCUGUACCCGGAACUGGUCCACGGUGCUAUUGCGUCGAGUGCGGUCGUGGCGGCUGUUGACGAGUUCCCGGAAUACUUCUACCCCGUGGCGCGUGGUGCACCCACCAAUUGCAGCCAGGCCAUCCAGGCCGCCAUCGCUGGCAUCGACGAGAUCGUGGCCCCCAACCCGUUGACAGGUGGAGAUCAGCCCGGACGAGACGCCAACCGCACUGAGCAGCUUCUCGAACUUUUUGGUCUCAAAGGUCUCACCAACCUCGGCGAUCUCGCCAACCUCAACACGUAUCCGCUCGGAUCCUUCCAGAGUCUCAACUGGGAUCCAGCCGUCACGUCGACCGAAUUCGGCGAGUUCUGCAAUGUUCUGACGACCUAUGGCGCCGAUGGCAAGUACGAUCCGGUUAGCGAAAGCGUUGCGUCUAAAGGGCUCAGCGUUUCGCGCGAAGUACACGCAUAUGCUCACUACAUGCGCACCAACUACGUCGAACCCUGCGUCAAGGGUGAAGACGGUCAAACCCCCGCUUCGCCCGACGAAUGCUUCGGAACCGACUUUGAGGCUUUCGCUUCGGAAGCCAAGCUGAGCGCCGGUCGAGCGUGGACUUUCCAGUACUGCUCGACGUGGGGUUACAUCAUGACAGCGCCACCCGUAUCGCGCUACCUGCCGACGCCGGAUGGCAAGAGCAAGUACUUUGUCUCUUCCGGACCCAAACUCGUCUCUACGCUCCUCGACUACGCGUACGCACACGAGAUCUGCGAAAAAGGCUUCCCUGCCGGCGAAUAUUACAGCAUGCCCGAGCGUCCGAACAUCGACGAAGUCAACAGGUUGGGCAAUUUCCAGCUCGCGGUCGACAGACUCGCGUUUGUCGAUGGACAGUACGAUCCGUGGAGACCGGCUACGGUGCAUAGCGAGGAGUUUGCAUAUGGUGGAAACAGGGCGGAUACGGUGGAGAGGCCGUUCAAGUUGAUUCCGGACUGCUGGCACCAUUGCGAUGAGAAUGGAGUGAAGGAUGAGAGCAAGACGCCGGAGAGGGUGAGGUUGAUCCACGAGCAACAGGUGGAGUUUGUCAAGGCUUGGUUGAAGGAGGAUUGA